CUUUUUUUUUCCACGCUUUCCCCGAGUAAAGCAAGGAAGGGAAAUCGGAAUGGCGUUAAAAGAUAGCCUACCCUGAGCGCAAAAAGAGAUAUACCAAUCACUCACAACUUAAUUGAAGAUUGAAUUCUCUGAAUACCCAAAUAUUUUAAUAAAAAUAUGAAAGCCGCAGUCUGUUUCGAGGGCCUGAAAAAUUGUUUUCCUUUCGAUUUUAAAUGGCGGCCGAAGAGUGGAUUUCAUUUUCAAUAGAAUUGGUCAUGCAGAUCUCAUCAAAUAAUUUAUUGUUGCAGUGGUGGGUAAAAUUACUUCUGAUUAAAUGAUUCGAGCAGCAGUAGCAGCUAUGCAGAAAAUCUUCUUAAGGGGCUAGGGUGAUUUGUCCUGUUAUUAGGCGCAAUCCACAGGCCACCCCCAGGUCACCAGGAUUGUGUGGCCUCUGGCAAUCAUUACAGCCAGUGUCUGAGAGUUUUGGAUCCAGGGAUCUUAAUAAGCGUGUGCUAGCAUUUAAGCUCUGAACGUCACCAUCAUAAAGGCUUCUAGAUUAAAUUUCUCCGUUUCUUGGUUCUUUUCCCUGUUUUAGUGGAGGGAAUCAUUUAGAACUUAGACAAGGACCUUACGGGAUCAAGAAAUGGGUUCUGACAAUGGGGCUGCCGAUAAUUCGGAUGUUGAAGUUGGUGAUAUAGGAGAGGGAAUGGCCGAAGAUGAUGUUAGUGAAGAGGAAAUAGAUUUUGAUGAAUUGGAGAAACGCAUGUGGAAAGACCGGGUUAAGCACAGACGACUUAAAGAGCGACAGAAAAAUGCUACUGAGCAAACUAAUGGCAAGCCAAAACACAAACAAUCAUCAGAGCAGGCUAGAAGAAAGAAGAUGGCCCGAGCCCAAGAUGGUAUUCUGAAAUACAUGUUUAAAAUGAUGGAAGUCUGCCAUGCACAAGGAUUUGUGUAUGGCAUAAUACCUGAGAAAGGGAAACCUGUAAGUGGUGCUUCAGAUAACAUGAGAGCAUGGUGGAAAGAAAAAGUGAAGUUUGAUAAGAAUGGCCCGGCAGCAAUUGCAAAGUAUCAAGCUGAGAUCAACUCUAGGGAUACACAAAAGAACAAUGCAAAUGUUUCUUCAAAUGUGCAUUCACUUCAGGAUCUUCAAGACACUACUUUGGGUUCCUUGCUGUCUUCUCUAAUGCAACACUGUGAUCCACCACAGCGAAGAUUUCCUUUGGAGAAGGCUAUACCACCUCCUUGGUGGCCUUCAGGGGAUGAAGAUUGGUGGCCUCAACUGGGUUUACAUAAGGGUCAAGGUUCUCCCCCUUACAAAAAGCCUCAUGAUUUAAAAAAGGUAUGGAAAGUUGGUGUUCUCACUGCAGUGAUUAAACACAUGUCUCCUAAUAUUGCAAAGAUUAAGAAGCUAGUUAGACAGUCAAAGUGCUUGCAGGAUAAGAUGACUGCCAAAGAGAGUGCAACUUGGUUGGGAGUAUUGAAUCAAGAAGAAACUCAGACAUGGUCAGCUGAUAAAGGCAAUGGUGCAUCUAACAACUGUAACAUCCAGUCAGGAAGUAACACAAGAGGGUGUACAACAAGUAGUGCAAGUGAAUAUGAUGUGGAAAGUAGUGACGAUUUCCAAAGUUCAGAUUCUGCAAAAGAUGAUACUCAAAACAGGGAGGAAGAUGUUAAUCCUUGUGAAAGACAGAUUUUAAAUAAGAAAGAUACCAGCAAUUCAUCUGUGGUUGUUCAGAAUGGAGAUACAACAUCAGCUUCUAAGAAAAAGAGGGGUCGUGGAAAACGUUCAAUCAAAGAGCAGCGAACUUUUAUGUGUUCUAAUGAGGGAUGCCCACAUCAGGAUAAGAGCAAUGGCUUUUCUGAUAUUAAUCAAAGGAAUUCACAUGCAAAUAACUGCCCUUAUAGAUCUCAAGCACAAGUAACCAUGAAUGAGAAUGCUGGUGUAAAUCAAGUACCAUUAUAUACAGGGAUCUUGGACCAGUUGCAUCCACAAGAUGGCAGCAGGGAAGACAUUUUUAGAACAACCAUGGCAGGUAAUGAAGUUGGUUCUCCAUGCACUUCUGCCUUUCCUCAAGUGCAAGCAGUUUCUCAGCACAUGUACGGGGAAGGCGAACCCCAUGGUGUAUUAAGCAAUUUCAACAAUACUGAUGUGCCUGAUGAUCGACUCAUUGUAGAUAGAUUCAAUGAACUAAAUGGAUGUUCGAAUACUAAACAACAGCUGCAACCACAAACCAGGGCGAAUCAAGCAGAUCAUGGAACUAUUGAAAUUCAUGGUGAUGCAAGUGCAGUAUUUGGACCACCUUUGGUAGUGAACAGCAGUUCAAAUGAACUCUGCGGAGGUAUAGCUGAUUGGCAGAGGGAUGGAUUCAAUAGUGACACUGUGAAAUUUGCUGGGAACCAGUUUGAGUCUUCUACUGAUUGCCUUACAGUGGAUUAUCUUGGUAGUCCUUUUAAUUUUGGAAUUGUUGGUAGUGAUCUGGACUUCCCAUUUGAUGAUUCAUUUGAUGAAGACAUAAUUCAAUAUUGGGGAGCUUAGAAUAAGUAGCCCCUUGAAGAUGCUGCUUAUUUAUGAGUGCAAGACCACAAUUAUUCCCAACUGAUUGCAUAGGCUAGGGGACAUUUGUAUUUUAUUAUGUUACAAGCAAGUAAAUUCAUGUGAAAUAAGAUUUUUUUCCUUGUUUCAUAUAAAUGUUAGGGGGGAUGAUAAUGGUAUCAGAUGUGAAGGCAUGCAGGCAGAGGAAAGAAGAAUUGUUGUGAGGAUGUAGAGCUGUGCAAAGGUAUUUGAAUAAUUCUAAAGCUUAUGGUGUCAACAUCCCAGGCUGGCUUUAUAAUGCUUUCCAAGCAUCCCAACUUUCAAUAAAAAUAAUGUUGUAAAAGAUCUCAGAGAUAUCUCAACGGUCUCUAUGUGUCCACAUAAAUUCUGUUGUUUAAUACUGUGCAUUUUGCUUAUUGAUUUCAGAAAGAUCAUAGCUCUUUAAUGUUGCAGGAAAGA